AUGUCCACCAGCACCGUGACCAAGCCCACCCUCACCUACUUCCACCUGUUGGGUCGCGCCGAGCUGCCUCGCGCUCUGCUCGAGGACGCUGGCGUUGACUACGACUUUGUUGCCGUCACCAACUGGCCCGAGAGCAAGGCCCAGCUGAUUGCCGAGGGCAAGCUCGCCUUUGGCCAGUUGCCCCUCUAUGAAGAGCCUGGCCUGACCCUCGUCCAGACCACGGCCAUCGCUCGCUACCUGGCGCGCAAGCACGGCUACAAUGGCACCAACGCCCACGAGGAGGCCCUCAUCGACCAGGCCAGCGAAGGUGUCGGCGACGUGCUCACCAGCCUCGUCAAGACCCUCUUCUUCACGCCGGCCGAGCAGCUGGCCGAGGCCAAGGAGAAGCUGGUCAAGGAGACCCUGCCAGGCCAGCUGGCCAACUUCGAGAAGCUGCUCGAGAAGAAUGGCAACAGCGGCUACCUCGUGGGCUCCAAGCUGAGCUACGCUGACCUGAGCCUGUGGGCGGUCGUGCGCCUGCUCGUCAGCAGGAUCGAGGGCACCAGCGAGGAGUCGCUGCUGGGCUCCUUCCCGGCAGUGAAGAAGCUCUUCACCACCGUGUCGGAGAGGGAGCGCCUCAAGGCCUACGUCGCGCGCGAUGUCUACGCCAAGCAGCAGUGA